GGUUGGAAGGAUAGGAGCCAUUAUUUUAAUUUUAUUUUUAACAGUAAACAUCAACCCGGUUAACUGGGAAGCCACUCUGUUCACAGAAACCAUAAUGCCACUAAAAAAACACCAGUUUGACAUAAACAUCAAAAACCUCAUCUUGAAUAUAGAAAAAGGUGAUCAGAGGCCAUGGGCAAUUCAGGUGCAGCUCAAUUUGUAGCUUUACUUAACAAACUGUCACUGGUUGUAUUCAUUGUUGCUGUCAUUCUCGUUGUUUACUUGAUUGCUCGCUGCAUCAGAAUCUCCAACAGAAGAAGCUCAAUAACUUUUCACAGUCACGGGGCUCGCAGAAAUCAUUCAGCAGAGGAAAACCCAUCAAUCAUAGACAUGCCGGUUGGUCUGCACAGAGAGUUUGUUGAAGCUCUCCCAAUAUUUGUGUACGAACCAGAGAAAAUGAAGAUUGGGCUUGAGUGUGCAGUUUGCCUGGGGGAAUUCCAGGAAAAUGAUAAAGGCAGGAUUUUGCCUAAUUGUAGCCACAGUUUUCAUAUAGACUGUAUUGAUAUGUGGCUCUUUUCUCACUCUACAUGCCCUGUUUGCAGAACAAAAAUUGAAGGCUUUUCUCCCGGAAAAAAGCCCGAAUUGCCUGCUAGCGAGAACUUACGAGGUGUUUAAGGUUGUGGGCAUGGCAGAAAAGGGCAGACGAGCAGACAUGGAUGAACCCAAACCUUUGCCUAAAACUGUUAUUGACAUCGCUGUGUAAAUGUCAAAUUGCUUUUGAUGGGCAGCGAAGUUUUACUUUCUACCAGUCCAUCUUCUCCAUGAACUGCUUGCCGAUUUCACAUGUAAUCAUUCCAAAAGGAUUUGUUGGUUACAAAUAUGUGUAGUAUUAUUAUAAUUUGU